CCACGCACUGCGUUAUGGGCGUGUUCGGAAAAAAAGUCACCUGGCUGACGUCACGCGUGGACCAGCGUCCACAGCGCGCCGCCCUGUGGAGCUGCAGUACGUGCCCAGUCUCAGUCUCACACACACACGCGGAGAGAGAGAGAGAGAGAGCACGAAGGAGCAGCUCCAGGACCGACCUGAACACUUCCUCAACCGCUUUCCGAGUUUUUAGGAGCCAGUGCGCCGCGAGGCCCGCGGAUCGAGAGCCGAGGACCCUGCAGCUGAGCGGAAGAGGUGAGCAGUCACCAUGGCACCCUUCCUGCGUAUCGCCUUCAAUGAUUUUGAUGUGGGCGUUCUGCUCUCUCUGAACGAACCUCCCAUCUGCGCCAUCAAGAUGAAGGAGUCUGUCAACACAGAGCGAGGAAAGACCUUGGUCCAGAGGAAGCCCACCAUGUACCCAGCGUGGAAGACCACCUUUGAUGCUCAUAUCUAUGAGGGCCGGGUCUUGGAAGUGGUCUUGAUGCUGAGCGCCGAGGAGCCAAUCGCCAAGGCCACGGUCGGAUUGUCUGUACUGUCGGAACGCUGCAAGAAGUCCAAGACCAGCGGCUUUACUGAGUUCUGGCUGGACCUGCUCCCGUCAGGGAAGGUCCAGAUGGCCGUGCAGUUCUUCUUGGAGGAAACCGAUGCAGCCACGCCUCAGCGAUCAGUCAAGGUUUCUUGUGAGGACGGAAUGACGACCCUCAACAGGAGGAGAGGAGCUGUCAAGCAGCCCAAAGUCCACGAGGUCAAGAACCACGAGUUUACCGCCACCUUCUUUAACCAACCCACCUUCUGUUCUGUCUGCAGAGAGUUUGUCUGGGGGCUCAACAAGCAAGGUUACAAGUGCAGACAAUGCAAUGCGGCAAUCCACAAAAGAUGCAUUGAAAAAAUCAUCGGCAGGUGCACUGGGACAGCAGCCAACAGUCGGGAGACUAUGUUCCAGAGAGAACGCUUCAAUAUUGAUGUGCCGCAUCGCUUCAAGCUCCAUAACUACAGGAGCCCCACUUUCUGUGAACACUGUGGCAGUCUGCUCUGGGGUCUCUACAAACAGGGCCUUAAAUGUGAAGAGUGUGCCAUGAAUGUCCAUGUUAACUGUAAGAAAAAAGUGGCCAAUCUGUGUGGAAUCAACCAGAAACUACUGGCAGAGGCUCUGCUUCAAAUCAGCCAGAAAUCUGUCAAGAGGUCUGAUGACUCUAAUACAGAAGAUAUUGGGAUCUAUCAAGGCAUCAAUAGUGCAUCGCUAGACCCUAGUGCAGACAGCAAGGUACCCGAGGGCCCGGCUGCAGCCCCAGUCGCACCGACAGCUCCCCGUGCAAGCCUCAACUUAAAUCAACUGGUAUUCCACAAGGUGCUGGGGAAAGGCAGCUUCGGCAAGGUGCUUCUGGCAGAGCUGAAGGGGCAGGGCCAGUAUUUCGCCGUGAAGGUCCUGAAGAAGGAUGUUGUUCUCAUGGACGACGACGUGGAGUGCACCAUGGUGGAGAAGAGAGUCUUGGCCCUCGCCUGGGAAAACCCCUUCCUCACGCACCUCUACUCCACAUUCCAGUCUAAAGAGCACCUCUUCUUUGUGAUGGAGUACCUGAAUGGAGGAGACUUGAUGUUCCACAUCCAAGACAAAGGCCGCUUUGACCUCAACAGAGCCACAUUCUAUGCUGCGGAGAUAAUAGUGGGACUGCAGUUUCUCCACUCGAGGGGAAUCAUCUACAGAGAUCUGAAGCUUGACAACGUGAUGCUGGACAAGGACGGGCACAUCAAGAUAGCAGACUUUGGCAUGUGCAAAGAGCGCGUGUUUGGAGACGUCAGAGCCACCACGUUUUGUGGGACACCAGACUACAUCGCGCCGGAGAUCCUGCUAGGACAGAAGUACACCUUCUCGGUGGACUGGUGGUCUUUCGGUGUGCUGGUGUACGAGAUGCUGAUCGGUCAGUCGCCCUUCCAGGGCGACGAUGAGGAUGAGCUUUUUGAGUCCAUCCGGUCGGACACCCCCCAUUACCCCCGGUGGAUCACCAAGGAGGCCAAGAACCUCAUUGAACAGCUGUUUGAGCGAGAUCCCACUCGCAGGUUGGGGGUGGUGCGUGACAUCCGUGCCCAUCCGUUCUUCAAAACCAUCAACUGGCCAGCGCUGGAGAACAGAGAGAUGGACCCGCCUUUUAAGCCAAAAGUGAAAUCCCCCAGCGACAGCAGCAACUUUGACCGAGAGUUCCUGAGCGAGAAGCCGCGGCUCUCCCACGCGGACAAGAACUUCAUCGAUUCCAUGGACCAGGCAGCGUUCGCUGGCUUUUCCUUCAUCAACCCCAAACUGGAAAACAUGAUUACCAAAUAAAAAAAUAAAUAAAAAAAAAA